GCAUAUAUUCCACGGUUGCAUAGUUUUUUCCUCCUGUAAAAUGGUGCAAUAUUGAAAAACGUGUGUAAAACAUUGGAGGCGCUGUGUUCCAUGGUAUGUUCCCCCCGCCCGCACUGAGUGUGUUCUUCACUACGUCAACGUCAGCUGUGCUAGCGUGUAGUUCACAGGGGCAGAACUGCAGAAGAAAACACCGCCUGACACAACCCGAAAGGAAACGAGAAGCAGCGGUAACGGUUGAACCAACGGGAUUUUUGCUAGGUUCAUUGUAUGUCAAACUCUAAUGAACUCUGAUUCAGCAAAGCAUUUAUCGUGUAUACUUUUGUAUCUUAUUAACAACGCAUUGCUGUAGCCUGGUAAGCUAGGGGACGUUCACUCCGCAUUCACUUGGCUAGUUGCUUCUGUCCUGGCCACCGGCUACCAACGAAGGGAAGGAUCAGUGAACAUGUUCUCUGAAUAAGCUCUGUCGUCCUUGAUCUCCUCCAUGGUACUGCAGGCGGCUCAUGGACGAACAGGCACUCCGACAGCCCGUCAUGGUCUCCAGGCUGCCCAAGUUUGGCUCCAGACCAGCAGGGGGCUCCACUCACCCUAUCACCAACGGCUCUGCCAACCCCUCCGGCCCUACCGCUGCCAAGCUGCUGGUUCAGGCUAGACACAAUGGGAUAAUGCGACCCACCCCAACCCCCGCCCUCUCCUUCAAAUGGAAGGGGGAGAGGAUGGAACCCGAGUUCAGAAUGGAGGAGCCCAGCAGAGGUGGAGCCUAUCGCCCCCAGCAACCGCAGAAAGGGCCAAUCGCAGUGCGAGAGAUCAGGAAGCCGUCGGCUCCCGUGGCGACGGUGCGCCGCUCUGCCUCGGCCGUCUCUGAGUCCUCCUACAGACCCGCACACCACCCCACCGCCUUGAGGCUGCCGCCCAACCAAUCAGGCCUCUCAAACAGCAUGAUGAUGCCGGGCUCCGCCCACGGCAACCUCUCCCUGUCCAGUGACAGCCUGCGGUUGAUGCCACAGGACGACCCCAUGGUGCGCUCCCACAGCUUCAGUCACAUGACCUCCAGAGGGAACGUGCGCUCCUACUCUUUCAACCAGGAGCCUCCUCCGCGACACACCCCUCCUUCCCCGCCGCGCUCCUCCCUCGCCAUGCCCCCUUCCGUUCUGAACGGAGGCAGAGGGAGCAAGAUUGGCAUGAGCCGUGUACCCCAGGGCACCAUGGGCACCUCUCUGCCGCCCCCGGCCAAUCUAAAGAAGCCGCUGUUGCCUACGCCCGCCGCGGCCCCCAGCAAGCACUCGGCGCUCAGCUACAGACUGAUGCGGCCGUCGUUGAUCAGGCAGCCGCGGCCCACGCCGAUAGGCCGGGCGGAGGAGGAGCUAGUGACUGAGACGGGCCUCAGAGAUCAAAAAGAGAGGUCGCAGGUCAUAUCUGCUGCUGCAAACACCACGGAGAGAUCCAGAAGCCCCAGCACUGUACCUCAAUCAAAAAUGCCCGUCCAGACCCACACAGACAAGCCCAGAGAAGACAAGGCUGAGCUAGAUCACAUCAGCACAGACUAUGUCAAAGCUGAUGAUGUCGAAUCACACCAGGACAGAUUAGACUACUGCAGAGGGGACGAUGACACAGAUCAUCACCACACCCUACUAGAAACAGAAUACAGACUUGGAGAGUUAGAAAAAGAGGAUGGCAGAGUAGAGAGGUCCAGGCCAGAUAUCCUUACCAACAUUUGUCCCGGGUUAGACGGCCUCGAUGCGGAUGAUGGACCCACACCCUUAGAUCUUAGUGCGAAAAAGACCGGCGCAAUUACUGAUCCCGGAUCAGAGGAACUGUCGCAUGAUGAGUCUUACUGUGAUGAAAUCAGUGGUACCACCACGGAGAAGGAGGAUGUCGAGAGAUCUCCCCCACAUCAGAGCCCUGAGCCUGGGCCGAAGCGGUUGGGCGUGCUGCCCGCUCUCUGCGUCACCUCCAUCACUGGAGAGACGCUGGAAGACAUGUCCUUGUCCAGCACCUCGUCCCUCGAGCACAACGACACCAGCGAGGAGUACAUGGACGACUUUGACAACUUUGGCGACGGGGGCGCCAUUCUGCUUCUGCCCGCCCACGACGCGGAGCUCGCCCAAUCGGAGCCUCUCUCGGAGGACAACACUCCAGCCAGCCGGCACCAGGACGUGUGCUCCGUCACCAGCCUCCACAGCUUCCUCUCCGAGUCGGUGGACUGGGGAGAAAUGGGCCUCACUGGAGGAAAGGAGGCCUUCUCAGUGCCCGGUGGCGGCGUGGCGUCCGAUGGCGUGUUCCGUGAUGGCUCGUCUCUGGACCUGUCCCCCUCCGACAGCUCUGGGGCCACGUACAUGUGGGACGACGAGGACGGGCUGGAGGGGGGCCUAGGGGGCCCCAUAAUGCCUUGUGGCAGCUACGACUCUGACCUCAACAGCAUGGACAUCCUCAACAACCUGGAGAACAUCGAGUCAUGUGACCUGGAUGACGAUGACCUCAUGCUGGAUGUGGACCUGCCCGAGGACGCCUCCCUGCACAGCGAGGCUGAUGGGAGAUCUCAUUGGAUGAGGAGGCAGCAGCAGCUGUGGGGCAGAGAGGAGCAACUGCACAAUAACAACAACAGUGAUGAUGUUCUGCAGGCGCUGGCUGGUCUGGAUGUGGACGUGGAUCUGGAUGUGGACGUGGACCACGUGUCCCUGGACGAUCUCACCCUGCAGCACAUCGCUCAGGACUGCACCUCCGUCAAGAAUCAGCUACUCCAGCUCAAACAGCUGCUACAGGUGGAGGACACAGACUGCAGUGAUGAGGGGGUGUCGUCAUCUGAUGCCUUCACUCCUGACCCCUCAGAGGACAUCAGCUCUGACCAACAGGUGCAGGACCUGCUGAUGGAGGUGCAGAAGCUGAGGGAGGAGUUGAAGACCAAGGACAAGAUUAUUGAGCAGCUGACACAGCAGAUGCAGCGUGUGCCUGAAGAGGUCAGCAGGUGUGCCUGUCAUCUGAAGAAACAGCAGGAGGUCCACAAGCCAGAUACACCCAAACCAGAGCCAGAGGUGCACAAGCCAGACGUCCAGAAAGGCAUCAGACCCCUGCACCAGGACGGCUCCACACAGACACCAUGGAGAGGCCAUGCUCCUCAGAUUCUACGUCCCUCCAGAGACCCGUGCGAUGCCCCCUCCCAUCCGGGUACACUAGCAGCAGCAGCAGCAGCAGUAGGCCCCCUGUCAUCAUCACACACCCCUCUCGCCCCCCACCAGCAGCAGCAGCAGCAGCACCCCUGCAGUGGGGAGCUCCGCACCACCACCACCACCACCCUCCCCGGCGUCCGUCCUCCGCAGAAGCCCCAGUCCUGCCCUCCUCUCCUCCCAGACACCACCACCACCACCAACCCCAGCCCCGCAACCCAGCCAUGCAGCAGCGCACCGCACAACCACCACCACCACCACCACAACCACAACCGCCUCCUCCAGGGCCUCCACCCCCAGCAGGAUCUCAACCCCACCAUCUCAGGGCUGCACAGAGGCAGGGGCCGCCGGCGGGCAGGCCACAGCCGCACCCAGAGGAGGCCCCCGGGGGGCCCCCAGGGCCCUGCAGACAACAGGGGAGGGGAGCCGGCACCACCGCCAACGCCGCCGCCAGAGAGAGACUCGGCCGCGGCCCCCGCUCCGCAUCCGUCCACGUCGUCGGCCGGGCAGCCUCUGCCGAACGGCGCCCGAGCAGGGGCCCAGAGACCCCCAAGACAGCUGCCCCCUCCGUCGCGAGGCCUGCCCAGCUUCAGCGCGGCCCCCCAGGCCUCCAUCCCGGCCCCCAGUCCCCAGUCGCCCCCCGGCCUCGCCCCCAGCUCCGCUCCCGCUCGCUCAGCCCUGGUCCCCCCAAAGGGGUACAAGCUCAGCGUGGCCCCCGCCUCAGCCGCCCUGUCCGUGUGCCCCGCUAGAGACCCUGACAACACCACAUCGUCAUUAUCAUCGUCAUCGUCAUCGCACGCGCGCACCUUACCUGCUUCCUCACGCCUCCCCAAGCCAAAGAGCCACUGACACACAUACACAUACGUAGUACAUAUUUGCACAUGCUAGAAAUUCACCUGUGCGCUAAAACCCACAUUGACAUGCACAUAUAGACACAUAGAAUCAACAUACAGUCACACACUAACAUAUCGCCAUCAGUCCAAGUGACUCACGCACAUGCACACAUGCGGAAUAUGCAUUUUGGACACAACCUGCAGCUAUGCCGUCCAUCAACACUCAGUCCUAAACACACACACACACACACACACACACACACACACACACACACACACACACACACACACACACACACACACACACACACACACACACACACACACACACACUUGCUUCUGCUUCCCCAGCCGACUGUCAACCCCCUCCCAGCAAGGUCAGACUGGCAUGGCGCCACUGUGGCUCUUAUUUAUUUUGUAAAUAUGCCACUUACCCGCUCCCAUCCUCUCCUCUGAUUCCACCACAAACACAAGAGCGCCCACCCGCCCAAGGUUAUCAAAAUAAAGAUGUCCUUUUUUAUUUA